GGUGGCCUGCUCCUCCCUGCACAGAGAGGAAGCAGCUGGCUGGACCUAAUUUCAUCAAGCAGUGGGACUGGCAAAAUAAGGAACAACGAGCAGCUAGGAAAUGAUGGAAUGAUAGUAAAUGAAUGGAUGACACAGGUAGCAGAGAUCACAUUUGCCUUUCACUCUUCUUGUAAGAUGAUAUAUAGGAGGUGAAACUCAAUACAAUGGAUCCUGAUUAUGCAGCAUUUGAAAGCUCCCUGUGUAAUGAUUUUAAGGACUUCUGCAAGAAGCUCAGUGAUGCUUACAGAGAAUUGAAGGAGGAUCUGACGCCCUACAAGGAUGAUCGAUUUUACAGGUUGGCCCCUAUGCGACUGUACACCCUCUCGAAACGCCACUUUGUUCUGGUCUUUGUUGUCUUCUUCAUCUGCUUUGGGUUGACAGUUUUUAUCGGUGUUGCAGGACCAAACAUUAUUGAAUCUACAGCAGUUGGACCAACAGCAGGAAAUGCGUCCAAGCAUGAUUUAAAAUCUCCAGUCCUAUCCACAUAUAAUCAGCAACUAUGGCUCACAUGUCAAAUACAACUGAACAAGGCUGAUGCUCUAAAAAUCCAAACUAAUAUCACUAUGACAGUGAAAAUACGCGGCGUAACAACAGAUGCCACUGUGACUUUUAUCAAUAACCAAGAACACAUACGGCCCAGAACCAUAAGCUGCGCGCAGAAAUGUGAUGAAAUCAUUGUGGCUCAUAUGGGCUACUUAAAUUACACACAGUACACAGUCAAUGUCAGCUUUGAAAAUCUAAAGCUGUUAAUGUACCCCAUCACAGCCAUAACCUUUACAUGGAAAACCUACAACCCAACGUUUUCGCAAGUGGAAAUCUGGUUUCGGUUUGUGUUUGUGGUGCUCACAUUCAUGGUGACGUGCUUAUUUGCACAUUCCCUACGGAAGUUCUCUAUGAGGGAUUGGGGCAUAGAGCAGAAGUGGAUGUCUGUCCUUUUACCCCUGCUGCUCCUUUACAAUGACCCGUUCUUCCCUCUCACAUUCUUAAUGAACAGUUGGUUUCCUGGAAUGUUGGAUGACCUUUUCCAGUCACUCUUUCUCUGUGCGCUGCUGCUCUUCUGGUUAUGUGUUUAUCAUGGAAUUCGGGUGCAGGGUGAGAGAAAAUGCUUGCCGUUCUAUCUACCCAAGCUGUUCAUUGUUGGUCUGCUGUGGCUUGCUUCUGUGACCUUAGGAAUAUGGCAAACCGUUAAUGAAUUGCAUGAUCCAACUUACCAGUACAGAGUAGACACUGGCAAUUUUGAGGGGAUGAAAAUUUUCUUUUUGGUGGUAGCUGCUGUGUACGUCUUGUACCUACUGUUUUUAAUGAUACGGGCAUGUACUGAAAUUCGAAAUAUGCCAUAUGUUGAUUUGAGGCUAAAAUUUCUCACGGCUUUAACUUUUGUGGUGCUUAUCAUCAGCAUUGUUAUUCUUUACCUGAGGUUUGGAGCACAAGUUCUACAGGAUAACUUUGUUGCAGAGCUGUCUACUCAUUAUCAGAAUUCUGCGGAAUUCUUAUCCUUUUAUGGCCUUCUGAAUUUUUAUCUUUACACGCUGGCCUUUGUGUACUCACCAUCAAAAAAUGCUCUUUAUGAGUCUCAGUUAAAGGAUAAUCCUGCCUUUUCAAUGCUGAAUGACUCGGAUGACGAUGUGAUUUAUGGGAGCGACUAUGAGGAAAUGCCACUACAGAAUGGACAAGCCAUUAGAGCCAAAUAUAAAGAGGAGUCUGAUAGUGAUUAAGUUUUGUUUACCCACUUGGGAUGAUUGCCUUCAGGAAUAUCUCCCAUGGAUGGACUACACAUUUUCAUGGUACAUCUGCUUAUCAUGGAAAGCUGCUCCUUCCAUGCAUUUCUUUUUUUUAAUUUUAUUGUUAUUUUUGAUGAAUGAAGUUAAAUAAUGAAGGUGAUGGUGAAGCUCCGUGAUGGACCACAGGAUGUGGGGGUGUGCUGCAGUUUACCAUAAAGAAAUUCAAUUUGCAUGACUUAACUGGCUUCAGUUCUUACCUGUAGAUAUUUUGUUAAAUUGUUUUUACAGAUGUCUUUGUUAUUUGUCAGCCUGGUACUUGAAGGUAUGCUCAUCUAAAUAUAAUUUGUUAACCUAAGACAAAGAAAAAGGCAGUGAAGGCAGUGAAGGACAGAUGCAAGCACACUUGAAGCCUUACCAAUCUAUUCUAAAAUCUCUUAGUUAACACUAUAAUAGGAAAAAGAGUGGGAAGUCUAGUAAUCAUUUGACGUUUCUAGUUUUAUUAUUCCAAAAGGCACCAACCACAUUUUCUAUAACCAAAUUAUGUACUAUAGCCAACAAUGCAUAUACCACAUAGGAAAACGCUAGGUUUUGAUUAUUCCCAAUUUUAAACAUAACGUUAGACUUGUGUAAAAUGUACGGUUCAUGAACGUUACCCAUUUGCAUUGUAAAAAAAAAUAAUAAGAAGAAAAACAUACUUAUGAAGUUUUUUAUUAAAUGUAUAUUUUUGCAAAAACACUAGCAGCUCUGUUCAUGUAAUUUUUGGAGAGUAUUUUUUUUUAUUGUGUACUUUAUGUCAAGAACAGAGCAAUAAAAUUCCAGUAAGA